CUCUCUAUUCUCAUAAACCCUACCAAAAACCUUAUCACCAAAGGGAAGAAAAUGGCUUCCCUCUCCACUCCUUUAAGAUACAGCAAAAUGAAUAGUCUUUUUCUACUAAGAAACACUUCAUCUUCACUAACCUCAAAAAGGGUCACCUUAAAUUCACUUUCCCAUAUCUUUACUGAUAAAUUCAUUCCAAGAAAUGGGCUUAAAGUUUCACAAAUUCACAGCUUUACCACUUCUGUAACUCCAUCAGCAGCAGUGUCGAAUUGGGUUAAUGGUAAUUUUGGGUAUAGUGUGAGGGCAUUUAAUGUGGCUGCUACUGCGUUUGUAGAAUUAGAAGAAGAGUGUGAUGUUGAUAAUGGGGUUGGGCUUGAGAUAUCAAAGCUGGGUAUUUCUGAGGAAAUUGUUUCUGCUUUGGCACAAAGGGGAAUUACUUCUCUUUUUCCUAUUCAGAAAGCUGUUUUGGAACCAGCAAUGCAGGGGUCGGACAUGAUUGGCCGAGCUAGAACUGGAACUGGAAAGACACUAGCUUUUGGCAUUCCUAUCAUGGAUAAGAUCAUCAAAUUCAACAACAAAAAAGGACGGGGAAGAAACCCUUUAGCAUUGAUCUUGGCUCCCACUAGAGAACUUGCACGCCAGGUGGAGAAAGAAUUUUAUGAAUCUGCUCCCGGUUUGGAUACACUGUGUGUUUAUGGUGGUGUCCCCAUUCAACGCCAAAUGAGUACUCUUCAAAGGGGUGCAGACAUUGUUGUUGGAACACCUGGUCGAAUCAUUGAUCUGCUGAAGAGGAGGUCCUUAAAUUUAUCAGAAAUCCAGUUCGUUGUUCUAGAUGAAGCUGAUCAGAUGCUUAAUGUGGGCUUCGCGGAGGAUGUUGAAACCAUUCUUGAAAAUGUUCGGCAGAAACAUCAGACGAUGAUGUUUUCAGCCACAAUGCCAAGUUGGAUAAUGAAAAUUACCAACAAGUUCUUGAAGAAGCCAAUUCACAUUGAUCUUGUAGGGGAUUCUGACCAGAAAUUAGCCGAUGGCAUUUCCUUGUAUUCAAUUGCUUGUGAGAUGCGUCAGAAACCAGCAGUUCUUGGACCCUUAAUAUCAGAGCAUGCAAAAGGAGGCAAGUGUAUUGUGUUUACCCAAACAAAGCGUGAUGCUGAUAGAUUGGCGAGUGCAAUGCAAAAAACUUUGAGAUGUGAAGCUUUGCAUGGGGAUAUCACGCAAAGCCAGAGGGAGAGAACUCUGUCCGGUUUCCGACAAGGUCAAUUCAAUGUAUUAGUGGCCACUGAUGUUGCUGCUCGAGGACUUGAUGUACCUAAUGUUGAUCUGGUGAUACAUUAUGAACUUCCGAACUCUUCAGAGAUCUUUGUUCAUCGAUCUGGUCGAACCGGACGUGCUGGGAAGAAAGGAAGUGCCAUUCUCAUGCAUUCCUCAAAACAGCACAGGGAUUUGAAAGGUAUUGAACAUGAUGCCGGGUGCAGAUUUACUGAGCUCCCAAGUAUUAAAGUAGAGGCUGGAGCAGCAGACAUGUAUAGUGACAUGGGCAAAGGCAGCGACCGCUUUGGCUCCUAUGGAGGCACCAUGCGUAGUCGAUCUGGUGAUUUUGGUGGAAGUCGUUCUGGUGGCUAUGGAAAUAAAGGCAGCAGAUUUGGUGGAGAAGGCGCUUCAUCUUCUCGAACAGGUGGAUACAGUGGAACUGGUUCUGGAAGAUCAGGGGGUGGCUAUGGUGGAACUAGCUCAGGCAGCUCAGGAAAGUUUGGUGGUUCUGGAGGAUCAAAACGUUUGGGUGGUUUCCGUAACUUUGGUUCUGGCCGUUCAAGUAGAUUUGGAGAUUCACAGUCUGACCGCAAUAACCGUUCAAGCCGUUUUGAUGACUUCGGAGAUGGCAAGGAUAGUGGUGAUCAGAGUUCAGGGAGGAACUCCAUUUCAAGGAGGCGUGCCCCCUGGGACUUCUCCAUUAAUAGAUGAAGGUGCAGCUGAACUCCGGCUCUGAAUCGUGUGUAUUGAUUACAAAGGUGCUGUAUUUAGAGUGCAGAUGAUACAACUUUUUACUAUAUUUGAAGUCCAUAUAAAUAGCACUUCAGUAUCCACUUGGUCUCAAAAGGCACCCACGCGAUCUAUAAAGGAAUGUUCUUCGCUGUGUUUAUGAUUUUUUCAUCUCAAGCUUGAGAUGCAUCAAUUUUGCCAGAGUUCAUGAUUGGUACUAGGUAGUACUUAUUGAUGUUCUGUAUUCAGUUUCUAUAAAUUAUGUACUAGCCUAGCCUUUGUAAAACUAACUGUUGUAUGUUGGACGUACUGAAUUCUCAUAUCAACAGAAGAAAAGGUUCACAGUGGAAAGUUUACUUUGAGUUUUUCUAUUC